AUGUUUGAAACAUCCAUCAUCGGCUUCGAUGCCGCGCACGGCGCCCUGGACCUCGCCGGCCUCCCCGUCCUUUUUGACAGGGACGAGUUUGAGGGAACCCAGAUCGCCAUCAGGAACCUGGCCCGCGAUCUUGAGUCCGUCACUGGCAAGCCUUCCGCAUUGCUGAACACGACGGAAGGGCAGAGCGCCGUGGACGGCGUCAUCCUCGUCGGCAGCCUUGCCAGGUGCAAGUUCCUCCAGGAGCUCGGCCAAGAGGGCACGCAGCGGGUUCGGUCGCUCGAGGGCAAAUGGGAGACGUUUUCAACCCACGUCGAGGACAGCCCCUGGUCCUUUGCGAAGCGCGUCUUUGUCCUCGCGGGCAGCGACAAGCGCGGUGCCAUUUUCGCGAGCUAUACCCUGACCGAGCAGGCUGGUGUGUCACCAUGGUACUGGUGGGCCGACGUUCCCAUCAAGAAGCACUCGCAAGUGUAUGCCGUGUCUGAGCCCACGAUCCACGGCGAACCGAGCGUCAAGUACCGCGGCAUCUUCAUCAACGAUGAGGCACCGGCCCUCACCGCAUGGGUCCACGAGAAGUACGGCGUGAACUAUGGCUCAGAGUUCUACAAGCGCGUUUUUGAACUGCUGCUGCGCAUGAAGGCCAACUUUCUUUGGCCUGCCAUGUGGUCCGGCUUCCCCUGGCCUGGGAGUUCCUUCUUCACUGAUGACCCUCUGAACCAGCCCCUCGCUGACACGUACGGCAUCGUCAUGUCGACGUCUCACCACGAGCCCAUGCAGCGGGACAUGACCGAGUGGAGAACCGCCAACAAGGGCGUGUGGUCUUGGGAGACGAACAAGGAGGCCGUGGCCGAACACUUUGAAACGGGCAUCGAGCGCGCCAAGCCUUAUGAAUCCGUCAUCACAAUGGGCAUGCGCGGCGAGGGCGACAAGAAGAUGAUCGCAGAGGAUCCCCAGGGCACGUUGCAAGAUGUCCUCGACAGCCAGAGGGAGAUGAUCGAGCGUGUGCACGGGACGCCAGACGGGACGCCGCAACUGAUGGCUCUGUACAAGGAGGCGUUGCAGAUGUACGAGAAGGGCUUGAAGGUGCCAGAGGACGUGACGCUGCUGUUUGCCGACGACAACUUUGGCAACGUUCGUCGGUAUCCGACGGAGGAGGAAAGGAAGAGAAGCGGAGGCGCCGGUCUAUACUAUCAUCUUGAGUACGUGGGCCAUCCGCGAAGCUACAAGUGGCUUCACUGCACUUCCUUGGGCAAAGUUCAACAGCAACUGAAGGCCGCUCAUGCCAGCGGGAUUGACCGUGUCUGGGUGUUCAACGUUGGCGACAUCAAGCCCAUGGAAGCGUCGAGCAGCUUUGCACUGUCGUUGGCCUGGAACAUCAACGCGGUGGACCACUCCGCCAUUUCAUCCUACUUUUCGACAUACGCACUCCGAGAAUUCGGGACAGACCAUGCGCAGCAGAUCGCAGACGUGCUCGCGGGACACGAUCGUCUCGUCGGGCUUCGCCGUCACGAGCACAUUGACACGGACACGUUCUCGGUCGUGCACAACCGAGAAGCAGAGUCCAUCGUUCAGCGGUGGAAGGCUCUGGAGUCACAGGCUCUGGAGAUCUUCCAGGCGGUGCCCGAUGCCCAGAAAGCGGCCGCGUAUCAGCUCGUCCUCCACCCAGUCAAGGCAUCCCGGAUCUGCACCGAGCUGCGGGUGACGCAGGCGCUGAACCAGCUCUACGGCCUACAGAGACGCAACACGACCAAUGUUCUGGCCCAGCGUGUCUUGGAUCUGUUUCAGGAAGACUACGACCUCGAAGAUGAGUAUCACGACAACCCGUGGUUCGGCGACAAGUGGAACCACAUCAUGUGCCAGCCGCGCUAUGGAUACGAUCCCACCACAUGGCACGCCCCAACAAGGGACAUGAUUACGGGGCUUUCCUACGUGCAGACGCGACGAAAGUCGACGCGCAUCGCCGGCCAAGUGGGCGUAGCCGUGCAGGGCCACGGCGGUGUCCGGCCGGGGCUGGCAAACGAAGAGUGCGACCGCACGCACCCCUCGACAGGCAACCUCGUGCCGGGCUUCACACUGCCGAAGCUCAGCCCGUACGGGCCUCAGAGCUACUACUUCGAGAUCUUCGCCCGUGGCAUCGAGAAGAUUGAGUGGACUGUUGAGCCCAGCGAGUCUUGGAUCCAGGCGUCUCCGGCGAGCGGCACACUGCUGCCCGAUGACAAGCAGGACGCGCGGGUCGAGGUUACGAUCAACUGGGAUACCGCGCCCAAAGACUUCCAGGGCGUGGUCCCCAUCAGCGUGCGGUCCGUUGCCGGAUACUUUGAGCAAGUCCAUCUGCCGGUAGACAGCCGCAGGAUCCCGGAUGACCAGAGAGCGUUCGUCGAAGCCGCGGGCAUCGUCUCGAUCGAAGCCGGCGAUGCGCACCUCGAUGCCUCGCUGGCCAAGGUGUACCGCCAGCUUCCCAAGCUCGGCCGAGUGGAGCGCGGAUCUGUGUCUCUUCAGCUGACGGCGAAUCCGGAGGGGGCAUCAUACCUCGAGUAUCCGAUUUACCUGUUCUCGGAGCCCAAGGCUGUGUCCGUGACCCUGUAUUUCUCCACUGUCCUCGAGGUCCGCCCCGACACGCCGAUCAAGUAUGACAUUGCGUUUGAUGAUGCCGAGAGCACGGGCGUGCAGCUGCUGAAUAGUCCUGGGCGAGGCGAUCUGCCCAAGGGCUGGGCCGACGCCGUGAUGAACGGAGUCUGGACCCGACAGCACGAUUUCACACUGACAGGUGACCUUUCUGGACCUCAUGUCGUACGCUACCGUCCUUUGAGCAAUGAGCUGAACUUGGAGAAGAUUGUUGUGGAUAAUCAACGCAGCUUUUCAUACAACCUUGCCCUUCCCGAGCAAUGA